CAGGCUCCCGCUCUGCCCUGAGCCGCCCCUGCUCUGUGCCUCUUUCCCAGCUGUAGAGAAGGCCUGGCCUCACUACACCCCCUGAGUUUUAAUUCAUGUUUGAAAGGUGCAUCCCAUUCCCUGCCCCCUGAGCCAGCCAGUCUCCGUCCUGGGGCUGGAUGGGAGCCAGCACCCCCCAGAGGGGAAAGGCCCCGUGUCCCAUUCACUGCCCCCGAGACAGCCAGUCCAAGCCCUGGGGCUGGAACCAGUGUCCCUGGAGGGGAAAGGCCCCGUGUCCCAUUCUCUGCCACCCUGAGCCAGCCAGUCCCUGCCCACCCUGGGGUCAGAUGGCAGCCGGUGCCCCCUAGAGGAGAAAGGCCCCAUGUCCCAUGGGGAUGCCCCAUCUCCUACAUUUCAUGCCCUGGCUCCACCCUCUACCUCUCCUGCCCCCCCUUCUCCCCAGGUAAGUGGCGACAGGUAUGAGGGGACGGUGCGGGCCUUCGAGGUGCUGGCGAGGGGAGCAGCACAGGAGCCCGAGGGCUGGCGGCGCGGCGUGGCCGGGGUGCGGGAUGCCGUCAGCAAGGAGAAGCAGAAGGUGAAGGAAGAGAGGAGGAAGAAGCUUGAGACGCUCAACAGCUCCCGGGUGCGGCUGGAGAGUCUCCAAGACCUGGAGGACAUUGUGAGGCUGCGGAAGCACAAGAAGAGCCGGACGCGGGUGGUCCGCCCCAAGGAGCCAGAGCCAGAGCCGGCAGUGACGGCGGAGCCUGUGGAUGCUGCGCGGUUCCUGCAGGCGGUGCUGGAGAACCAGGUUCCCACGAUUGACAAGUACCUGGCGGACGGCGGGGACCCCAAUGCUCACGACCAGUUCAGAUGCACGGCGCUGCACUGGGCCUGCCUCCGGGGCCACACGGAGCUCGUGGACAAGCUGCUGGCGGCUGGAGCCAGGCUGGAGCCCAGGGAUAUGCUGGAGGCCACGCCCGUGCUCUGGGCCUGCCGCGGGGGGCACCUGGAGAUUCUCAAACGCCUGCUGGACAGAGGAGCCAAGAUCUCCACGCGGGACAAGCUGAGGAGCACGGCGCUGCACGUGGCCAUCCGGACGGGGCACUGUGAGUGCGCCGAGCACCUGAUCGCCUGUGGGGCCGAGAUAGACGCCCAGGACAAGGAGGGGGACACGCCCAUUCACGACGCCAUCCGGCUGGGCCGCUUCAAGGCUGUGAAGACCCUGCUCAUGUACGGUGCCAAUCUCAGGGUCCGGAACCAGGAGGCCCUGCGACCCGUGGACCUGGUGAAGGACUGGCAGAGGGGCAUCCGGCAAACCUUGCAGGCGUGUGCCAACCGGCAGCGCCCCCCUCGGCGGCACUGAUGUAGCAGAACCAGCGUUCAUUCCCCCCCCCACCCUCCCCCCGUGACCACCAAAGGGGGCGGGGGGGACCAGGGCGCUGCCCUGAGCUACCCCGGUGCCCCUUGCAGGCUGUGCUCAUCCUCACACGGCUCCCACACCUAGCCAGGGGACACCAACCUGGGGACAGUGCCAUCCGUCCUAGCGGUGCCCUUGGGGUGGGGUGAGGUGAGGUUUGAGGUUGGUCCUAGGCAGAGGAUUGACCCUGAUGCUCCCCCAUUCCUGGUGCCCUGGGGAUGCUUCCCUUUGCCCAGGUGAGUCACUUGCCGUCCCUGAGGGAAACUGAGGCAUGGAGGGGCUAAGCCUUGCCCAUGGCUGGUUAGGGGAAGAGCUGCUGUCUUUCUCCCAGCUGCACUCAUCUCUCUGUGGCCAGCACCAAAAGGAGAGGCACUGCCCUGGGGUCUGAGCUGACCCCCCACCUGUCCCUGGCCUGACCCCCGCCCCUCUUCUGGGCAGGCGAGCCCUGCGGCCUUCCCAAGGCUGUGUGCUGUAGGGAACACGGCUGCCCCCAGGGCCUAAGCAUACAGCCCCCACUGCACCCCAGUCAGCUGGAGGCAUGGGGCUAGGCUUGGGGUGCCCCCUAACUGCGGGGAGAGGCUGACCUGGCCCUGGGGGUAGAGCAUGGUGCAGUGAGAUGAGGCGGCAGGGCCCAGUCCCAGCCCAGGUUCCUGGCUGAUGGAGGCAGACAGCUUUCCCGGCUGGGGGAAAAUGGGGGGGAACCUCCUGCCCUCGGCCGCUCCCACUGUCAGUCUGUGCCCUGGCCCAGCUUCUGGCCAUGGCAGCCCCCCCACCACCGUGGGCUGGCAGGGCCUGGCCCCUCCUUAUACUAGUGCCUGAGAGGCUCCUGUUCCCCCCUGCACCCAGCCUUGCCCUUGUCCCCCAGCAGCCAGCCCCACAGCAAUGAGCGUCCCCUGGGCUCAGGCUCCAGCCAGCGGGGAACAGCAGCAGGAUAGGACAUGGCUGAUGGCUCGCGGGGCAGGGGGUGCCCCCUUCGCAGCCUGGCACAGGACAGGUACGGCCCCCUCUGGCCUGCCUGGAGGUUGUUCCCGGAGCGCUGCUGUCCCAGGAGCCGAGCUGGUUGAGAUGCCCGCGGGGGCAGAUAGGGAGGAUGAGGGCCAAGGAACCCAUGACUCUCCAGCCAGUUAGCCUGGAGCCGGGCAGCACCCACACCCCGCUGUGCCCCAGGCUGCCCAGCAUGGUCCUUGCCCUUCUCCCAGCACUAGGGGAAAAGUGCCCAGGCCAAGAGGCAGAUGGUCCUGCUUCUCUGCUGCGGGCUUUGGGUGAGUCCUGCCCCUUGCCUCAGUUUCCCUCUGUGUAAAAUGGGGCUAACAGUGAGUGGAGCCAGCUUCCAGGACCCCCUAGCAGUGCAGUGGGUGAGCUGCAGCGUGCCCCGGGUUCAUACCCAGCCCACAGGCAGCUCUGAGCCGCGGGCUGCCGUCUCAGCGCUGCAGGUCAGGCUGAGAGUGUGUGGGUCACCCUGGUUGGAUUUCAUGUGCCCAGGAAGCUGCUGGAGCAUGGCCCCUGGGCCCCAUCUCACCCCCGCUGGCACAGGCAGCCCGGCCAGAACCAGUACCAGGUGCCACCGGAGCUGUUCACACUCGGGGGGGGCAUGCAACGUGGGCGUAGCAGACAGCAGCGUGGGCUUGCUACAGGGCUGCCCCCCUUCGAACAGUGCUCAGAGCAGGGCCCGCUGGCUGGUAGAGGCUCCAGUGCCCAGCGAGGGCAAGGAACCUGCGCCCAGGGCCGGGGGGGUAAGGCUAGAGGAAACGGUCCCUGCACCCCUGCCCUGGGUCACUGCCUGGAGUGGCCCCAACGGGGCCCCAGGCCUGCCGGGACAGGCACAAGGAGGCAGCAGGUGCAGGCUGGUGCAGCCGGGGAUCUGCUCUGGCCGCAGCCCCCAAGGGGGGGCUCCAGGCCUGCAGGUGCCCGGCCCCGCCCCAGAGGCACGUGAAUAAAGCUCCAUGGCAAGCAGCAGCGGUGGUGUGGUCUGUGCCCACCCUCGCUCCGCAGGUGCCAUGCCAGGGCAGCGGAGGGGCGCGGGCUGCUCUAGGUGGGGCAGACGGGGGGCUGGAUCUCAGCUUGGUUGGUUCACGCCAGGUAUUCCCCUUCCCCCCCCCAACGCAGGGCAGCACCGCAUGAACUGUGCCAGCAGGCGCCCCCCCCCCCUCCAGGAGAGCACCCGGCCCGGGCACCUCCUUUCACUCCCGCAAGGCGCAGAGUGGGGCGGGAAAGUGACUCGCCUGGGCCCUGGGGUGGGCGUUUCCUGCCCUGUGCCAGGUGGGUCACCCCCUGGAGGUGGUGGGUCUGCUCUUGGGGGUUAACGCAGGGCAGUAUGGGGGGCGGGCGCCCCUCGCGGGGAGCCCCUGAGGGAGCCUUCACAAAAAGCCUGGUCCUCUGGCCGAGAGGAGCCCUGACAGCUCAGGCCACUCCGGCUCUGGCCGAGAAAGAUGGAAGCCCCCCAGCCCCCCAUUUCCACCCCCCACCCCACUUAACUGCAGCACCUACCUUGUGCCCUAAGAUCCAGCCAGGGCCCUCCCCGCU